AUGGCGCCUAAACCGGUGGUAUUCGUCCUUCAUGGUGCAUGGCACGGUCCGGUGUACUUUGAGCCGGUCAAGUCCAAACUUGAGGCGCUUGGAUAUACCAUGGUCUGUCCACAGCAGCCUUCCACCGGUGGCAUCCCCCCAACCACAACCUUGUACGACGACGCGGCUCAUGUCCGGGCCGAGCUGGAGCAACUAGUUGAACAAGGCGAAGAUGUUGUACUGGUGUUGCACUCGUAUGGCGGGAUGGUAGGGACACAAGCAGCCGCCGGAUUGGGGAAGGCUGAGAGGAUGAAGCGAGGACAAAAAGGCGGCAUAGUCCGACUGUUUUAUGCCUGUGCAUUUCUUUUGCCGCUGGGAAAAGAUCUGUGUGGUGGGCUCGGUGGCCGGCUUCCUCCGUGGAUCAAAGAGGAGGCAAACGGCAGCUGCAACGCAACUAUGCCCGAGCAUGUGUUCUAUCAUGACCUGCCAGCUGAAGAACAGAAGCAUUGGGCGUCGAAAUUGAAACAUCAUAGCACCAUCGCCCAGAACACUCCGCUGACCCAGGUCGCUUACACCGACAUUCCAGUGACGUACCUAUAUUGCGAGGACGACCAAGCUCUGCCUCUCGCUGUGCAGGAGAUGAUGGUGAAGCAGUCAGGUUUGACGGACGUGCAGGAACUAAGGUGUGGAGCCGGGCAUUCGCCCUUCCUGAGCCAGCCCGAUGUGUUCGUGGCCAGCAUCAUCAAGUCCAUCACGGCUUGA